GUAGAAUCCGUUUUUUUUAUUUUGUUUGAAGCCCAUUGGUUGUAGUGCAUGUGGAGGCUACUUCUUUUUUAUUUAUUUUAUUUCUCUAUUUCUUUUUCUUCCCCCUUGUAGUUUCCCCAGAAUAAAACAGCACGUCCCCCCCGUCAUCUACCAGCCAGCACCUUUGCGGCCAAACCAUCGAAUCCCUACUCUGAACUCCGGCUUCCUUUUUGCUUCUUUGCAAGCUUCCUUGGAAUUUUCCCCUGCCAUUGUUUGGUAGCAUCGCAACGAUACACAGACGCAAUCAUCAUCAUCAGCGUGUGUCCUUGUCAGACUGGGCUCUACUGCUGCGCUUACUUCCAUCAUCUUACAUCCUGCCGCUCAACCGCACCCUGGCCGCAUCCAGCUUACAAGCGAAGAGCCACUUUUUAGUCAGUUGACAGCUUUGCCCGCCAAAUUGCUCGUCGACUUGCCCUCUUUCUUCUGCAACGAGCAAAAAACAAAAAAGACGAUUUGUGUCUCUUACUGCUGCGGCUGCUCGCGAAUCGCCCUAGAGAAUUUUACAGCUCGAACCAUUUAGACCUGAAACACCAUUCCAGCACACAACGGCGGCGCACGUCACAGGGCAUCACACAGAUCGGGGACGAGGGAGAAACAACAAGCCCUCUGUCCAUUCUUUAACAGGACCCAAUCCAUACCCCGCGAAGGGUUCAACACAUACACACACAACUGAGCAUCUCUGCAAGUUCAACAGCAGCGACAGACCAAAAUGUCCGAAUCAUCGGCUUCGUCCCCCAACAUGGACGAUCUGGGCAUGUCGCCCUCACCACCUCCCGACGCCCACGACGGCACAAAGAACGACUCCAAGAAACGACCCUCACCAUCUGGCGAAUCGGGCCAGCCACAGAAAAUCACAAAGCGCAGAGCUGCCAGAGCUUGCGUCUCGUGUCGAGCGCGAAAGGUCCGCUGCGACGUGGUCGAGGGAGCUCCCUGCGGAAACUGCCGCUGGGAUAAUGUCGAGUGCAUUGUGCAAGAGAGCCGACGGCGCAAAAAGAACCCUCCCACAACCAAUGGUGUGGGACCCACUUCACAAGCCGAGGCCCAGAUCCGCUGCAAGACCACCUCUGCGGCCAGCAGCAGCAGCAUCAAUGCCAAUUCCGGGGCCCCGAUGCCAAACAGAACAAGCAGUGUGUCGAGCAGCAUUAUCGAUCCGCGCAGGACGAGCAGCGGCUCUGUCUUGUCGUCUGCGACAACAAUGGUGGAUGCAGACGGCCGUCGUGCUAGUGUGCUCCCCAAUGCCAACUGCGUCACCGAUUCUCACGUCCCGCACAUGAUUUAUCAACGGACUUCCACCCGCCCCGAACCACCCGCCGCUCCGACGCUCAAGACGGCCACCAAGGCAACUAACAUUACCGCCACUAACACGGCCACAUGGCUCGAUGCCACAUCUACCGUCAACCCUACGCGCCUCUUUGGCGGCGACGCACGCACACUGCAGUUCCUCAAUGGCCUCGACGAUGCGCAUGACGACACGCCGGCAGCCUUACCUGGCUUUUUGAGACCGCUGCCAACAAAGAUUGCGUCCGAGGAUGUCUCGUACUUGCAUGCAAAGGGCUCGCUCACGCUACCCUCCUUUACGCUGCAGAAUGCGCUCAUCCAAGCCUACAUUGAAUAUGUGCACCCUUACAUGCCACUGAUGGACCUUCAUCCGUUCCUCACCAUUGUCAACAACCGCGAUGGCUUUAGUGGGCAGAUCAGCCUGCUGCUCUACCAUGCCGUCAUGUUCUCGGCAACCGCCUUUGUGGACAUGAAGCAUCUCCGCGAAGCUGGUUACACGACCCGCAAGGCCGCCAGAAAGGCAUUCUUCCAAAAGACUAGACUGCUCUAUGAUUUUGACUACGAAUCCGACCGCCUGGUCCUGGUCCAGUCGCUUAUGCUGAUGACGUACUGGUACGAGACCCCUGAUGACCAGAAAGACACCUGGCACUGGAUGGGCGUCGCCAUCUCGCUGGCACACACUAUUGGCCUGCACCGGAACCCCGGGGCAACUGGCAUGGCCCCUGCCAAGCAGAAGCUCUGGAAGCGUAUUUGGUGGUCGUGCUUUAUGCGAGAUCGCCUCAUCGCUCUGGGCAUGCGCCGCCCUACGCGUAUCAAGGAUGAGGACUUUGAUGUGCCUAUGCUUGUUGAGUCCGACUUUGAGAUUUUGCCGCUGUCGGACAGCAACUCGGUUGUACCACCAGAAUGCAUUGUUAUGCGAGAUGUCGCCAUGCAGCGCGAGCUGGCCGUCAUGUGUAUCGCCAAGGCUAAGCUCUGCGUGUGCAUCAGCCAUAUGCUCAAGACGCAGUACUCGGUGCUCAUCCGCGACAACAUGAAGCCUGAAAACACUACAAACAGCACCAUGAUGCUCUUCCCCAACAAGACCAUGGAAAAUGCUGGAGCCGUAGGCACCAUUGAUGGUGAACUCCGCGAGUGGUCCGAGACACUCCCUGCCUUGUGCCACUACAGCCCUAUUACACAAGCCGAGAUCAACGCCGGUCGCUCGACGCUGGCCGUGCAGCGAACGCUGUUGCACAUGGUGUACCAGACCACUGUUUCGGCGCUGCACCGUCCUCAGUUCCUCCCAUCAUCGCCGAUGCAGACCCCCGUUGCAUCGAGACAGGUCCAAGACGUUUCACGCACCAAGGUCCGCAACGCUGCCAUGCAAAUCACACGCAUGGCAUCCGACUUGCACAACCACCGCCUGGAGAGAUAUCUGCCCACGACUGGUGUUACUGUCAUUCUGCCAGCAAUGAUUAUCCACCUUUUGGAAAUGAAGAACCCCGAGUCGGAUGCCCGCGAGCGUGCCACUUUCGGUUUCCGCCAGUGCAUGCGUGUCAUGGAGAAGCUCCGCGAGAUUUACUCUGCCGCUGACUACGCCACGGGCUUUUUGGACGCUGCCCUCCGCAAGGCCGCUAUUGAUGUGCAAAACGCCAACGCGCCGGCUGCCAUGAAGAACAGCCCCUUGACUUUUGUGCAGACGCCGCCUCCCGAGAUGAACAUCUCUGGUAUUAGUGGCACGGAUGCCAUGCUCACAGACAAGACACAGGGCCUAAUGUCAUUUUCCAAGGCUACUCCUCGCCAGACUAUUUCUGCCCCGGCCCUCAGCCUGGCCACAGCCACCACUACCACACCUCCCCAAGCCGACGAGCUCACGCCUAGCGCUAGCGGUGCAUCCGAGUCUACUCCUAUGGAAGCCGAGCCCAUGGAUAUGGACUUUAUGCAGGGCCAUGACGAGUUUGAUUGGAACGCCGUUGCUGGUACUGACUUUGACGUGGACCAGUUCCUCCAGUUCCCUGCUGAAGGUGUGACCAAUGUCGAAGAUGACUUGAUGGCUGGUCUUGACCCCGCGAUGCUCGCUGUCGACGAGCCCGCGUUGACUGUCACAGUGUAAACGUCAGUUAACACUAUGAAUUUGUUUUGAAUUUUUAAUAUUGUAGGAUUGCAAAAUGGGAUACAUGGGAUUUUUUAUCGGCGUUUUCUUGGAGUUUUUGCUGGAAAAAUACCCACGAAUGAUGGGAAAAUGGGAUGCUUUGGUUGAAAUGACGACGAUAUAUAUUGGAUAGCCGUGACGAGAAUGGACGAGCAUAACAGAUGACUUUUUUUUAUUAUUCUUUAAAAGAAAAUACAUUCUUACCAUUUACAUACCUUUUUUUUGGUGGUGACGUGCUUUGUACUUUUCUUCGUUUAAUUGGUGCAGGGUCCUGAUAUGCAUGUAAUUAGACGUCUCGACGCACCACAGCCAAUCCCGCUGGUGGCAAGCCCCCUUGCGUGGUGCGGUUAUGCAAGAUGCAUCGUUCCGCAGCGCAAGAUUUUAUGCACGACAGCGCCAAACAAAAGAAGAAGAAAAAGAGCGAUCGACCACUGCGGAACGAGGAUAUCUCCGAUCUGUUCUUUUGCGUAGCGAAAUAGAGUAGAGUCGCACUGGCAGAUGGCUGACAGCGCAAGCACUACAAGGACGUAAAGUACUGUACAGUACACCUGUAGAGUAGCAGCCGCUGGAAGCGCACCUGGAAAAUGGAAGAAGAGAAAGGCUGGGAACAGGGGCCACCGUUGUGAAAAUGGUGCUGUAGCGCUGGGUGGUGCGACUGCGACUCGACUUCGGGAACAGCGAAGGGGACGCUGGUAAAGGUAAAGGAAAAGCAGAGUGAGUGGACAGGGGGGUUUGAGAAGGCCACUAUAAGUUUGGGAAUUAACGCAUGAUGAUGCUGAUGAUGAUGCCCACAAGGGUGCUGCUCUUGGCCUGAGUAAGAGUAAGUAAACAAAAGAAGUCAUCCACUGUCACAGCUUACACACAGCUUAGAAGCGAGAAAUGAUACAAACGGUGUUUCAGAUGGAAUCGGGAAGUUUGGUUCCUUUGUGCUAUUUUUUUUUUUCCUCCCUUUGAAUAUCGCAACGCGGGGUGUGUAUGCACUGACCACUACGAAAUAAU